CAAGAUGGCGGCCGCGUUGUUUUUUUAGGCUGAGCAGAAUCCCGGUAAACAACGCUUUUAGGCCAAUUAAAAACACGACUGUAGUACCUACUCGUGUGGGGAAAGGCGGCGAAGAACCAAGAGAACACCGAGGGAAAUACCAGUCCCAGGAAGACGGACAGAGGACGGAGAAAGCAGACCGACGCUGUUGGCGCGUAGCGCCCCCCUCCCCACCGGUGUGACGCUGUAACAUCCGAGGGCCCUGAAAUACGGGCCCUUGCCGGUGGGUAGCUAGUACUUGCCUAACACUUGGCUUUAGAGUGUAACCGGAUCAACAGAAAUCUGUAGACCUUGAGGGCUGUAGCCGUAGCUGUGUACUGGCGAGUUUCGUUUGCUUUUCAGGCGCAACAAGGGCCAAACAGCCAACGGACAGAAGACAGCAGCCAUGGAGUGUGAGCAGACAGCGGAGCAGGAGAGUACACAUGCAGACAACGAGGAAGGGGAGCUGGAGGGCUCGGGGACGUGGCUUAGAGGCAUAGAGGAUAUUUCAUUUGAAGAUGACUCAGAGACACCGAGGGAGAUCCUCAACCUAGUGAGGAGCCACAUUGAGGGACUCGACCGAAAUACAGCAAAAAAGAAGGUACUUGCAGCAAGUAACCAUAAUGAGCACAUACUGAACCACACGAGGGAUGCAUUAAUCACAAUAGCCAGACAAGAAAGACCAGGGUGUCCACAGGGGCAACCCAAGAAGAGAACGUACAGGGCUAAUACCGAGCCGGUCGCCAACAGACUAGCAGAAGACGUGUGUGCCCUGUUUCAAUUCUUAGAAGGAGAAAGGAACUUGGCAGAGAUAAAGAGAAUGUUCCCUCAUGGAACCCAGCAAGGCAUGUGGCAGAGUCCAGCCAUGACAAGAAGCAGAGUUUUAAACCCGAUCCUAGAGGAUGAAGAAGACAAUGACGUCAUAGCGAGAAUACUGGCAGAAAAUGCGAGCCUAAGAGAGGGGCUAAAGAAAGACGUGAAAGAGCUAAAAGAGAAGAUGGAGAGUGUAAACAAUAAGAUAAGACGCCAAGAAGGAGCUAGAGACGACAUAACAGAACACUGCGACAGACAUCUGAGAAGUAUUCAAGAGGAAUUAGCAGAACUUAAGGGAACACAACUUGUGUUAUCAGAAGAGAUUGAGGGUAUGAAGGGGAAGCUAAAGAAGAUUGACAGCACACAAAUGAGAACACAGACAAUAGUGGCAACACACAACAACAAGAUCAAUUCAUUAGAGACAGAGCUCCAGGCUCUUCUUGGCUCAUAUAAGAAAACGGACUCAGACAAAGAGGCAAAGAUAAGCGAGAUUACAACAUACAUACAGAAUUUAGCCCACUCACUCGAAGGAAGACUGAGAGAACAAGAAUAUGCUCUGUCAAGGACACACAGCAUGGUACAGGAGACAAGGGUUAGGUGUGAACACCUUGAGACUACGACUGCGUGUACAGGGGGUGCAACAGAACACUCUUUGAGAAAACAAAAUGGGAACAACGACAAUAACAACCAAACUGGUGAAAGCAACAAGAUCCUUGGUGCAGAGCGUGAGCCUGGCCGAGAUUCUGAGGAAUUCUUGAACAGAAAACAGGACGACAUGAUAGCCACAUACUUGCAUUCGACACGCUACAAUCAACAGAGCUCAGACAACACAACAGAGAAACAGGAAAGCCAUCAGAGCAAGGUAAAACAGAGCAAGGCAGGACAGACUAGAGAGAGAAUUGUACACGAGAGUGGAGAAAGAAGCACCAGGAGUAAGAGACAGGAUGAUGAAGCCAAUGUCAUCAUCUUAGACCCUAGCCCCAGAAGAGAGACUGACCUGAGUGGCAGUGGAGGAAGAAACAGAGACAUACUAACAGGUGACAAGCCUGCAAACAGAACUUCCGGCACACCAGGAGGUGCAAAGGAAGAAUGCAGUGCCUGGCCAAAGACAGAAAACAAAGGUCCCAGACAAACCAAUGAAGUAAAUGGGAGCGUGAGCACAUUGGACAGAAACAGAGUGGAAAGCCCAAAAGUAAGAAGAAGCCCAUGGAGAGUAAGAGAUAGUACACAAGGUUCAAAGAGACUUGAAAGCACCCAGAAUAAAACAUACAAAGAAGCAGUCAUGCAUGUGCAGCAAGAGAUCUCACCCAGAAAGAGAAAGAGGUCAAGCCAGUCAAUGCACAAAUCAACACAGCCCCCUAGAAUCCCUCAAGACAGUUCUGAAUAUGACUGGCUACAAGCAGGGAAGAACAACACAAGAUGUACAGACAACGACACUGACUUUUCAGACUUUGUGGGCAUUGAGAGAAACAGAGUGCAGAGAAAGAGGUUUUUCCUGGGCUAUAUGAAGAAAAACGACCCAAAGAAAUUGCAGCAGACCAUCUACAAGUAUGCCCAACACAAAGGGGUCCAGCUAUCCUUUGUUAGACUGAUGCCAACUAAGAAAAGAGACUUGUAUUUUGCCAGGAUCAACGUCCUCCUACACCAAACACACAAGGUCAUGGAAGAAAACUUCUGGCCUCAUGGCAUUACCUGCAGAGAAUGGUUAUCAGAAAGGAAAUACAAGAGUAGAGACAAUGGAGACACAGACAAAGAAGGGGAGAGCCAAGUGCCAAACACCCAAGAGAAUAGCCACACAUGAUGACGGAAGAUGACAGAG